AUGACGGGCGCGACGAGUCGCGUCGGCAGUCCAACCGCGCCCAUGGCGCGCGACACAAUUCUCGCCGCGAAUCUCACAACGGCCAGAACACUUCAAAUUCUCAACAAAUGUCCCCCCCCUCCUCCGACUCAGCCAAAGGAUGUUGCAGAGUCUUCACAUCCAAGUAUCGAAUUUCCAGUACUGCAGCCUAUCCCCUCGUCUACUCCCAUAAACCCUACCCCCCAACCACAGCAAGCUCCACCUCAAGUUGCCCACGAAGUUGUGUUUCGACCUCCCCCAGGUCCACCCCCUCCCUACGACUAUGAAGUGGUAACGGAUAGUAUUGUCAAAGAGUGGUUAUCGACCGGAAAGGGAAAAGUUGUCGAGGAAGGCAAGCUUGUUCAAUCUAACCAGGAUGGUCGACUUUCUUUGAUAUACCAAGAACUCAUUCAAUCCACCAUUUACUGCCGCUUGUCGCCAUCCGAGGCCGGAAGUACUGUGAAGCAAAUAAUUGGCGAGAAUGAGGAUGUGGAUAUGGACGACAUGGAAAAGAAUGGAAUAUUUUCUGAUCCUCGCUCGAUUUUCCUCGAUACACUGUCCAGCGUCACCGAUGCUGAUACAUCCAAUCCCAUCUUCAGACCUCUGAUUUCCGCAACUGGAAUCUCCCCUGCUCUCAUGCGCAUCCAUCUUGAAACUCCUUUGUUGCAAAAUCUAGGCCUUGUUCGCGAGACCUUUGCUCGCAUGGGAAUUCGCAAGCAAACCAACCUACUAUACCGCCAAUCAAAUUACAACCUGUUGCGAGAAGAAUCUGAAGGUUAUUCCAAGCUUCUCACGGAGCUUUUUACUACGAGCAACAAUGAGCCACCCUCAAGUGAAGUGGUCGAAGAUACGUUUGAGAGAGUCAAGGCCAUGAUCGGCGCAUUCGAUAUGGAUGUCGGCCGAGUUUUGGACGUGACAUUAGAUGUGUUCGCCGCAGUGCUUGUGAAGCAAUAUCGCUUUUUUGUGAAAUUGUUGCGAGCCAGUUCUUGGUGGCCCGUGGAGGACACGCUUCCUAAACUCGAUCUACAUGAGUGCAAUUCGGGAUUACCAACAUGGGCGCUUCCGGGAUCAUCUGGCUGGUUCACAACCGAGGAAGAUCGUGCCGUCAUUCUGAAAUUUAAUGAAGAGCGGGAUAGGAAGUUCUGGGAUCGCGUGCGACAAGUUGGAAUUCAGGCUUUCUUCGAAGUUGGACGCAAAUCACUUUCAGAAGAGGACAAACAUACAUCCUUUGAAACCAGCGGCCUCCCUGCAAUCGCAGAUGCGACGCAGGCUUGGAUAGAGGCGACUGGGACUAUGCCACCGAAAGGCAACCGUGUCGCGGCUCAACUUCUCGGUCUCAAGCUUCGCUUUUACUCUUCAACGGCUCGUUCUAAGUCGGAUACCUUGCCAGACAACCUUAUUUAUCUAGCUGCACUGCUCAUCAAAGUGGGCUUCAUUUCUCUCCGUGACCUUUAUGCCCAUCUCUGGAGACCGGAUGACUCCAUGGACAAGCUGAAGAUGGAGAAGAUGACAGAGAAGACAGAGAGAGAUAAGGCAGCUCGACAUGGUGGCUCUGCCAACGCUCUCAUGAUGGCCGGGGCUUUGUCUGAUGACACACUUCCAGUGCCUCGCAUUCGCGAAUCAGAGUCCCGGGCUACGCCAGGGAAGGACGCGGACGUGAAAGCAGAAGAUGACUUACCAGAUCCAUCCGACCAAAAGGUUCUACUCCUGAAAAGUCUUCUUGCCAUUGGUGCUAUCCCCGAGUCGUUGUUCAUCAUCAGCAAAUUCCCAUGGCUGAUGGACCUCUACCCUGAACUGCCGGAAUUCAUCCACCGCAUUCUUCAUCACUCUUUGAGUAAGGUUUACACCCCUCUACGCCCUCUUUCAUCUAUGGAAACCUUUCCUGGUGAGAAACAAGUCGUGAGCACAGAACAGUCUGGUGUCGCCAAGGGUCAUAUUCGACUUUCAAACCCAUCUGCAAGACGUUCUCUCCGAUGGGCCCAGCUUGAUAAAGAAGACACAAAUGACGGAACCGACUACAGAUUCUAUUGGGACGACUGGUCAGACAGCAUUCCAAUCUGUCAGUCUGUUGAUGAUGUAUUCGCUCUGUGUUCCUCGUUUUUGAAUCUUUCUGGUCAUAGGAUUGGCGAGGAUGCAAGCCUGCUCACGAAGCUUGCGCGUAUCGGCAAGCACAGUCUUUCUCAAGAUGGCUCAGAGGAAAAUAGAACACGCUGGGGAGAUCUAUGUAAACGUCUCCUAUUGCCAUCUAUCAGCUUGACCAAGAACAAUCCUGGCGUGGUCAACGAAAUUUUUGAACUCAUUAGUUUCUUUCCUCGUCAUGUUCGCUACAACAUGUACGGAGAGUGGAGCUCAGGACAAACUUCAAGACUGCCGGUUAUUAAAGCUGCAUUUGACCAAGCUAGAGCAGCCACAAAGGAUGUUCUCAAACGACUCAGCAAGACCAACAUUCGACCCAUGGCUCGUUUACUGGCAAAGAUCGCCUACGCCAACCCUGGUAUUGUCAUAAAUGUUGCCAUUAGUCAAAUCGAGUCGUAUGAGAAUCUCAUUGAGUGCGUUGUCGAGUGUGCACGCUAUUUCACCAACUUAGGAUACGAUAUCACAACAUGGGCUCUUAUCGACUCCCUUGGUCAGAAGGGAAGAAGCCGUACGCAGGAGAGUGGAUUGCUGACAAGCAAAUGGCUCAAUGCCUUGUCUACCUUUACUGGUCGAAUCUUCAAACGCUAUUCAGUCAUGGAUCCUGGUCCAGUUCUGCAAUACGUUGUGGAGCAGCUGCGUCAGAACAACUCAGCAGAUCUCAUCAUUCUGGAGCAGAUCGUUACCUCCAUGGCUGGCAUUAUCUCAGAUACUAACUUUAAUGAAACCCAAAUUCACGCCAUGGGUGGUGGAGAAAUUUUGCAAUCACAGAUUAUUCUAGAAUGGCUCGAUAAGCGACACGAGUCAAAGAUUACAUCGAAACGGCUACUCAAGUCGCUCACCCAUACCCGAAUGGCCGGUCAGCUUCUGGUCGCAAUCUCUCAGGAGCGUUUGACUUGUGUUUAUGACGAGUCUUGUUCAGAACUUAAAUUGCUCGGCAACAUCUUCGACGAGAUUCACCGUAUUCUUACUCAAUAUCUUGACUUCCUUCGCAGCAGUCUGUCAGUUGAUGAUUUCGACUCCUUUGUGCCAGACCUUGCCACUUUGAUCAAGGACUUUGGAAUUCAGCCUGAGAUCGCGUUCUGGAUUCGGCGAGCCAGUGUCUCCCAGAAGAUCGCAAAUUACGAGCAGUCGAAACAAAAGACAGAACUGUCUACCACGAAAGAUACUGUGGUUGCUACCGAUGCUGCUUCUGAUAUAUUUUCUCUCAACCCAGUUGUUCAAGAAUUCAUUGAAACAGUCAAGGAUGCCUUGCCUUCUGAAUACUGGGAGGUUGUAGGCGUGCAUUUCUUUGCCACAUUCUGGCAGCUUUCUCUCUACGAUGUGACCAUGCCGCAAAAGUCUUACGAAGAUGAGGUGGAAAAAUUGAGACGUCGUAUCGUGGCUAUCAAUAACGACAGAUCUGAUAUCAGUAUGGUUGCCUCGCAACGAAAGGAGCGAGAAAAGAAGCAGAUUACACAACUCCAGGAUCGAAUUUUCGAAGAGAACAAGAGUCACUUGGCAGCAUACCAACAAACCCGAACCCGGCUGCAGAAGGAGAAAGACCGUUGGUUUGCUGGGAUGCGCCUUAAAAGCGAUAACCUCAACGUCGCUCUGUUGGAACAGUGCUUCAUCCCCCGACUCCUUUUGUCGCCCAUUGAGGCUUUCUUCUCUUUCAAGAUGUUGAAGUGGUUGCACAGCUCUGGAACGCCUUAUUUCCGGACCGUUGGUUUGAUUGAUCAACUUUUCCGGGAACAUCGACUUGCUGCGCUCAUUUUCAUCUGCACUUCCAAAGAAGCCGAUAACCUAGGUCAAUUUUUGAAUCAUAUUCUGUGCGACCUUGCCCGCUGGCAUGCUGAUAAGGGCGUCUACGAGAAAGAGGCGUUCGGUACUAAGAGAGACCUUGCUGGAUUUGCGCCAACUGUCGACUCUGAAGGUGCCCCAGUCAAGUUUAUAGAGUUUGAGGACUUCCGUCGUCUGCUCUACAAGUGGCACCGUCAUUUGUGCAGUGCACUCAAGACCUGUCUUAACGGAGGCGAGUACAUGCAUAUUCGCAAUGCCAUCAGUGUUCUCAGAGCAGUUGUUGAAACUUUCCCGGCUGUCAAUUGGAUUGGUGACCACCUGUUGAAGUGUGUCAAAGAUCUCAGUCAAAAUGAUGAGAGGGCGGAUGUGAAGAUUUCUGCUGCCUCUCUUAUCGGACAUCUCAAUCAAAAAGAGAAAAAAUGGAUUCUUCCACAGGCCUUCCAUCUCCCCAUGGUUCAGCCCGAUGCUGGCCAGUCUAAAUCUGGUUCGCAACCUCCCGGCACACCACAGCCUCGAUCUUUCACCCCUACCCCGCUCAAUGCCACUGCGGCUGAAUUCCAGCCAGGAAAACAAGACGCUGCGGAUCCUUCCAAGCAAGCAUCAGGUAAGACCGAAGUGGAAGAUGGCGAAAUCGAAGACGCUAAGAUGGUUGAUGUUGCCUCGGCAAAAGACGUCAACGAUGCAGAGCCGGUUUCAGAUGGAGGAUCUGCCCAUGCCACCACGGACACCGGUGUAGCUUCAUAUUCAGGUGGCCUGCUCGAAUCAGAGCAACGUGGUCAAGCAGAGCCACCCUCGCGACCCCGACCCAAUCCACGAGCCCUAGAUUCGGCUCGCCCAGCCGAUAUCCCGAAACGUCCAGACACUGAACGAGGCAGCAUUAAUCCUCGCGAACAGGCCCUUCGGCCACGUAUCACUGAGAAUAGACUCCCUCCUCGUCCUGACCUGCUGGAAGACCGACGAGACAGACUCUCUGACUUUAACCCUCGAACCCGUCACGGUCUGCCUGAGCAUGGUCGCUUCGAUGGAUCUGGGGUCGACGGUCGAGGUCCCGUACAUGGACGAGAUCGCGACUUUGGAAUGAGACCCACUCCUGAUGAUCCGAUGCGCGGACCUCCUUAUCGCGAGGGCCGACUUCCCCGUGAACCCGAAUGGCCUGCUGGCCCCGGUCGACAUUCGUUCCAUGGACGAGAGGGGCCUAUUCGCGGCGAACUUCUGCCCGACCGGACUAUCGAAGGCCCUCGUAGGGGAGAGAAGGAAGACCGACGUCCCUUCCCGCCCAGCUCGCUGCCGCCGCGAUCGUCUGAUCUGCCCAAUCGACCCGAAAGAUUCCCCGAUGAGCAUCGCUCUGUAAACUUUCCCCAGCAACCACCACGACAUGAGGAAUUUCCUCGGGGUCCUCGCGAUCGCUCCGGUGGUGAGCCAAGAGAUGCAGGUAUGAGCUCGGAUAUGACCCAUGGCCGGCCACGCCAGCCUGAACUUCUUCAUGACAUUCCCUCUGGACCCCGCAUGAGAAACGGCCGUGGCGCUCGCAACGCCCCCGUGGCUCCCUCCAUGAACAAUACGAACAAUGGCAACGUCGCCACAGCUGAACGUCAGCUUCCCACUGGCCCUGGUCGCCAAGGUGGACGUGUCGCUCCUGAACAGCCGUCUGCUACCCAGCCCUCACCGUCGCAACCUUCUUCAUCGGCUGGUGCUGAUACUUCUGGCGUCCAUCCGGAUCGGCUCACACGAAUAAUUCAACAACCUUCAUCCCAGCAGACUCCCUCACAGGUCCCCUCAGGUCCCAUGACUCCUCCUUCGGGCCCUCGUGGCGCAUCAAGUGGUCAGCAAGGAGGUCGUGGGCCCGGCGAACGUGGGCGUGGUGACAAGCGCUUUGCAGCCAUCAACAAUGUUCUCACUCAGGGAAAUAGCCCUGUUGAUCGUGUGGGCGCUGCUCCCUCUAUCCGUGGACGUGGUGCAACCCGCCAAUUGAAUAACGCCGACGACUCCCCUCAGACGUCGGCUCGACCCCCCAAUGGACCCGAUGCCUCUCGAGACGGCAGCCAACAGCGUGGACGUGCUAGUGGACGCGGUGGUGAUCUUAUCGAUGAUACCGGUUCCGAAACCCGCCGUUCCGGGCGCAACAACGAUCGUGGCCGUGAGAAUGAGCGAGAUCGCCGUGGCGACGAAUCUGCCAAUGGCAGCAAGCCUAAUGGCAGCCGGCGCGAAGAGCGCCGUGAACGGGAUCGCAAUCGCCGGAGCGAUGUCGGCAGUGGUACUGCCCGAGAGGAGAAGGACCGAGAGCGCCAUGCCGAGUCCCGCGAAGCGAUGCGCCGCAACCCUAGUUCGCGCGAGGAAAUGCGACGUCGUGACCGCCGUGAUCGUGAAGAUCUGAAAGAUAACGCUGACAAUGAUGGCCGGCUUCAUCAAGCCUCGACAAUGGGUCCUCCAUCCUCACACCCUGCGCCUCCCCCACCACCUCCCCCUCCAGCUCCUCCAGCUUUGCCAACUGAUGACAACGGACGUCGCUGGGGUGCGGGCAACCGACCUGAAAAUCGAGAUCGCGAACGUGAGCGUCGAGGUGAGCGCGAUCGUCGGGAACGUCGCGAGUCUGGCCGCAACAAGCGCCGCCUUCCCAACCAGGAAGACAACUCCCAGAUGGGAACUGAGAAUAAGCGUCCUCGCAGAGGCAUGUGA